CUCUAUCUAUUUACAGGCAUCUAACUAUCACUACCGUCAACGCGAAUAAAGGAAUUAUUCACUAUUAAGAAACGUGUUCUAAGCUGUGUUUUUGCUAGUGUUUUUGUUUUAAUAUUACCGAAUAUAAUAAUUGCUUGAUGGAGAUCUGACACUUCUAACAAGGAAACAUAAUUAGAUAAUGUCCGACUGUGUGGAAAUUGCAAUCACCGGAGAUUGUAGUGAGCAAUUAUGGAGUUGUUGUGUUUGGGAUGUACGGACAGGGAACCAUUUACUCACUUACAAAGCUAACAUGGUGAAACCGAUGCUUCAUAUAUGGCCGAUAAACCGUCAUGAACCUAUUUCAACCAGAUUUGUUUUACCCGGACGAGCUAAUGCGGUAGCAAUUUCUCCCGACGGAAAUUAUUGCUUAGUAGCUGUCCAGGAAAUCAUAUACGUAUAUCUUAUGGCGACUGGGGCAAUGAUAACAACAAUAACGCGCCACUACCAAGUUGUGACAUCUAUUUGUUUUACCGACAAUGGUUCGCAUUUCGCUAGCGCUGGUCAAGACGGCAUGGUGCUUGUAUGGAAUUUGUCGCAAAUAGUUCGGGUGUUUCAGAAGCAGACUUCAAAAGCCCUUUAUUCAUUUUCUGAUCACGUCUUGCCAGUCACGGACUUGUACAUAGGAAGAGGUGGAAUAAAAGCCUUGCUUUGUUCAGUAUCGACGGACCGUUCAUGUAAAAUUUACGAUUUGUCUUCCGGUUGUAUGCUUCUUAAUUUAAUAUUUCAAGAACCACUCGCCUCGGUUAUUAUGAACCCCUUAGAAUCUAGCAUUUUUGUUGGCACAAAUGAAGGACCUAUACAUGUAUUCAACAUUACUCUUGUUCCACGAUCCAAAGACUAUCACGUCAUUAGGAAACAGCAUCAAAAAAAUAUUUUUGUCGGACAUAAUAAGCAAGUAACAUGUCUUUCUGUAUCGUCAAACGAAGAAAUUUUGCUGUCUGGAGGAGCAGAUGAACGGGUUAUCGUAUGGCAUAUUAAAAAUCGACAACAACUUCGUACUAUUCCUCACAAAGGAACUAUUACAAUUGCACGAUUCCUACUCACACCUAAAGCAAUGUUCAAUCAAGAAAUUAAAUUAAAUUCACCUUUCCAGCCAUUUCAAAAGAUAGUUUAUCCUACUGAUAAAAUUAUUGAUCUUUCUAUAGAAUUCAACGUGAUUAAAAAUUUGUCUGCAGAUGUAAAAACUCAAAAUUGUACGUCUAACAAUCCUGUAGGAGAAAGCAGUAAUUUCGAAGAGGUUUCAAAACUCAAAAGAGAAAUUCAACGAUUGAAAAUGGUAAAUAACGAAAUAUAUGAUUUCUCCGUGAAACAUAUUCUAAAAAACAAUAAAGGUAUUUAAAAAUUAAAA